AUGAUGCCAGAGCUUCUCAUCGCGAAGGCCUUGCCAGAGCCCCCAGAGGCGAAGCUACCCGCUCAUGCAGAGUCCCUGGCAACAACUGCGGCAGAAACCGCAGAGGAUCCGCCAGAAAGCAGAGUCUCAAAGAAGUUGUCCUUGAAAUCUCAGGAAGGUGCGCCAGUGUGUGCCACAAUGACAGAUCACACGUCAAACACUAUCAAGGAGCACAUUGAGCAGACCUUGCGCAUGCGGCUUGGCACGACCAGAAAAAUGGUCACAGGCCAAGAGUUGCAUGACGCAGUGGUUGCCCUAGGCCUGACAAGGUACUCCCAGAGUGAUGUGAAUGCAGUUGUGAACAAGCUUGCCGCCUUUGUGCGCUUGCGCUUUGAGACGACGGACAAGAAACCUCCAACGCGAAUGCAGCACUCUGGAACUUUAUCCAGAAUGAUAGGCCUGCAACACAUGACGACGGGUGCCACUCAGUCUCUGGAGGUCACAGUAGACGAGCGCUCGAAGGCAAUCUGGGAAUGGCCCCAUGAUGGUGUAGCUUCCAUGGCAGAUUUCCUUCGUGGCAACGUUUCAGAAGGUAAUCCUUCUGCCCAGCACAACGUUGUACCGUUUCAAGCCUUGGCCAUGGCAUUUGCCAUGGAGGGCGACGGAAAACGAAUUUUUGGUAAUUCAGCCGAGCUCUUCAGGGCCAUAAAGGAGAUCCUGCUCGCUGGGGACACCAACCGCUUGGUCGCGGAGUUAACAUUCGUUCGAAUUAAUGAUCUGGCCGCACCGACCCCUCCAGUAGAUCCGGUUCUGUACAUUGAGCCGUUCGUGGCUUUGCUUAUUGUCUCAAAUGCAUUCAUUUUAGGCCUGCAAACCGAUCAGUCGUGGGAGCACUGGACUGGAUGGCAGUGGAUUGAAGUAGUUUUUACUCUGGUGUUCUGUAUUGAGAUCAUGGUUCGAAUACGGUUGGUGGGACCGCGAAAUUACCUGUGUGGGCUAGAGUCCACCUGGAACUACUUCGACAUCUUUCUGGUAAUGGCAGGGCUGACCGACAUCUUGAUUACAAAUCUUGAGACUGAGUCCGAAGCCGCAGCCACGCAGCUGUUGCGUGCCUGUCGCUUGGUCAGAUUGACACGGAUGUUUAGAGUCUUCCGCUUCAAGUUCAUAAAGGAGCUUCAGUUGAUGAUCAAGGGUCUCGUCGGGGGGCUGCGGACGCUUUGCCUGGCAUUUGCGUUGCUGUUCAGCGUGCUGUACGUCAUUGCAGUAUUUGCAACCAUCGCCAUCGGGCGGGCAGACUCGAUAGAUGAACACUAUCGCGUGCUGUUUGCCACAGUGCCGGAUUCCAUCUUCACAUCCUUCCGGUGCUACACGGGUGAGUGCACCGCAGGGGGAGGACAACCGCUUGCUCCAAUCCUUGCGAGUCGAUUCGGCUUUUUGUUCACAGCCAGCUAUAUUGCGAGCUAUAUGCUUAUCACUAUGGGUAUCAACAAUGUUAUUCUGGCUGUGUAUGUGGACAUCACCAUGAAGGCCGCCCGCGAAAAUGAGCUCACCACAGAGCAGCAUGAGCGGGAGUCAAUCCGAGUUGCCAGGAUCACGAGAGAGCUUGUGAAGAAGUUCACCAAAGCGCAUCGUGCACAGAAGAUUAUCGUUGCCGAUGGUAGCGAGGACUUGUCCAACCAUCAAAGUUCCGCAAGACUGGCUGCGAGUCCCGGGAUGCUCGAAGAGGAUGAUGAUCAGAUUGAGAUCAGUAAAGAGCUUUUCCUGACGGUCGUCCAGGAUCGACAGGUUCAGCGCCUCAUGGAUGACUUAGAUCUACCACCAGAUCGUGCAAAUCUUUUUGAAGCACUGGACGCU